CCAGUGGGAUGGAGCAAGUGCACUGGGACUUGAUUAUUGACUCCACUCUUCACACCAGUUAGGUUGUCACUGCUGAGCUGGUCCGGACGUAGAUGUUGGUUUUUACCUUCCCACUUUUCUCUUUUCUUCAAACAUAUCGUGGAUGCAUAGAAAAGUUUCUGGAUUAGGGCAGAAUUAACACAAAGCGCCGACGCCACUCCAGCGACACUCGGCGAAACAACGCAGAAGAGGCGAGAGGGGGGACCGAGACAGAGGGAGCAACACGACGGGGUGAAGACACUAGAGCGAACCUCAACUACCUCUGCAAACUGUGACAGCGAGAGGGCAUCCCAGAGAGAGAGAGGGAGAGAGCGAGAGAGAGAGAGACAGCAGCAGAGAGGCAGGGGUCUUUGCACACACGGUCCUGAAGGAUGGAGGAGAAGCAGUUAGCUGGGAUCCGGAACGGAGCAGUUCCAGGCGAGCCAGGGAAGAAGGAUGAAAACCUCCGGAGAGGCAACUGGGGCAACCAGAUUGAGUUUGUCCUCACCAGCGUGGGCUAUGCUGUGGGCCUGGGCAACGUCUGGAGGUUUCCAUAUCUCUGCUACAGAAAUGGAGGCGGUGCCUUCAUGCUGCCGUACUUCAUCAUGCUGGUGUUCUGCGGCAUCCCUCUCUUCUUCCUCGAGCUGUCUUUCGGUCAGUUCGCCAGCCAGGGAUGUCUGGGAGUCUGGAAGAUCAGCCCCAUGUUCAAAGGUGUCGGUUACGGCAUGAUGGUGGUGUCCACAUACAUCGGCAUCUACUACAACGUGGUCAUCUGCAUCGCAUUUUACUACUUUUUCAGUUCUAUGACCAACCUGCUGCCAUGGACCUACUGCAACAACCCCUGGAACACGCCGGACUGCAGCGGCGUGCUAGGCAAUGGGCUCCCGCUCAACAGCAGCCUGGCCAAUGCCACCACCAGCCUGGCGGCGAGGGUGACCGAGGUGGCCGCGGGAGUGGCCGAGGUGGUCAACCGCACCAAGAGGACAAGCCCCAGUGAGGAGUACUGGAAACACUAUGUGUUGGACAUCUCUGAUGGUAUUGGAACCUUUGGAGAGGUCCGUCUCCCCAUCCUGGGCUGUCUGGCUGUGUCCUGGUUUGUCGUCUUUCUGUGUCUCAUCAAGGGUGUUAAAUCCUCUGGAAAGGUGGUGUACUUCACAGCCACAUUCCCCUAUUUGGUUUUGACCAUCCUGUUCAUCCGUGGCAUCACCCUGGAUGGAGCCGUCAACGGCAUCAAGUACUACCUGACUCCGCAGUGGCACAAGGUUCUUGACGCAAAGGUGUGGGGAGAUGCUGCCUCGCAGAUCUUCUACUCUCUGGGCUGUGCCUGGGGGGGGCUCAUUACCAUGGCUUCUUACAACAAGUUCCACAACAACUGCUUCAGAGACAGCAUCAUCAUCAGCAUAACCAACUGCGCCACCAGUGUGUACGCCGGCUUUGUCAUUUUCUCCAUCCUGGGCUUCAUGGCGCACCACCUGGACGUCCCUGUGUCCGAGGUGGCUGACCACGGCCCGGGCCUGGCCUUUGUGGCCUACCCAGAAGCCCUCACUCUGCUCCCCAUCUCACCGCUCUGGUCGCUGCUCUUCUUCUUCAUGCUCAUCCUCCUGGGACUGGGGACUCAGUUCUGUUUGCUGGAGACCCUUGUGACGGCCAUCGUUGAUGAGAUCGGCACCGACUGGAUCAUGAGGAACAAGACUGUGGUCACGCUGUCAGUGGCCGUACUUGGAUUCUUACUGGGAGUGCCACUAACGACACAGGCAGGAAUCUACUGGCUGUUACUGAUGGACAACUACGCUGCCAGUUUCUCGCUGGUCAUCAUCUCCUGCAUCAUGUGCAUCUGUGUCAUGUAUAUUUAUGGUCACAAGAACUAUUUCAGAGAUGUUGAAAUGAUGCUGGGUUUCCCUCCUCCUCUCUUCUUCAGGGUCUGCUGGAGAUUCGUCUCCCCCCUUAUCAUCUCUUUCAUCCUGAUCUUCACAGUGAUUCAGUACAAACCCAUCACCUACAACAACUACGAGUACCCCGGCUGGUCCCUAGGUGUAGGCUUCUGCAUGGCUAUGUCCUCGGUGAUUUGCAUUCCCAUCUACGCCCUCUUCAAGAUCUCCAGGUCACCAGGAGCCACCUUCAGAGAGCGGUUGAAGUUCGCGUGCCGAUGUGAUCCAUCUUGGGGCCCUGCCCUGCAGAAGCACCGGACAGGCCACUACGCUCCCAUGGCCUCUGAAGACGCCGUGGAUUCCUGUCCCCUCAAGGAGAAGGAAGAGCUGAGGGAGGAGCAGAAAGAGGAGUUGAAGGAGAAGGAGGAGGAGACAGAGAGGAGAGAUGACAUCAGUCUCACCAUUCAGGGGAGCAAUGGCUCCACCAACACACAGAACACCCCGAACCCCAGUGUAUAGACGGCACCCCCCAUCCCCCCCGACUCUGUCGGCACCCCAUCCAUCUCCUCCUUCUCUUCCUCCAUUUUUCCUUCCUUCUCCCCCAACCUCACCCCACUUUCCCACAGUCCUCUGUGGGGGAGAUCCCAUUCGCUGGAGACCUUUACAUAUUGUAAAGGCUUAUUAUUUCAAUCCUAACCUCUUCUCUAUCUAUCUGUGUGUCGUCUCGAGAUAAGCGAAGAACAAAAAAAACGAAAGGAAGAAAAAAUUGGGUCAUCAUCCAAAAGAUUAGUGUGUCUGUAAGUGUGAGUUUAGAGUUUGCGUGUGUGUGUGUGCGUGCGUCGUUUGUGUGUGUGUUAAUUUGUCUGACACAAAUUGAUAAUGCAGUUUGUUUCUCCUUUCUCCCUUGUAUAUGUCACCUGCAUAUGCAGUCGGAGUUAGAGUAGAUUGUGACGCUGCAUGUGUUUGUCGUGUGCAUGCAGCAACAUAGAGACACACACUGUUCUCCUUUAUUCAGUUAGUCAGGUCUGUUUGUCGGGGAUCGUGACGUUCGAGCGGCGGUGAUUUGGCGGCUGGAGACCUUGUCGUGGUGCUGUAACGUAGAGAAGGAGGGUGAACUGUGCCUGCACUGGCCAUUUAUAGUGUGAUGAUGCUGAGGGAUGGAAGCAGUCUCAACUUCAUGACCAGAAAAGAGACGGAAACACUCGUUCACACACUCUCACACUAUUGUACAUUUUACAGCACACAGUGACCUCAACCAUAGUUGAUCUCUGCUUGAGACUAAGCCUCUUUUUUUUUGUUUUUUUUUAUGCUGCUCCUUCUUUAAAAAUAGGUUCUGCAGAGAAAAAAUGUUUUAACACCCGAGAUGGCGACUGACACUUAGGGCUGUUAUUCCGUGGAAAUUUCCUCCAUUUUUAACUUUAUCUUUUUACUAAAGCUGCUUAAAGGUUGAGAACUCAGAGAAACGUCAGUGAACUUCAACUGUAUUGUGACUCUUUCACACACACACAAAUACACACACACAUGCGCGUACACGGAGCAUAUUUGUUCCCUGUUUUUUGUCAGAAGGGAUCCCAUGGCCAUUUCUCAGGGUCCACGCGAAGUUAAACUUAAUGGUUUGUAGUCGCUCCUCACCUUUGGAAACCAUGUCUCCACUAAGGUGGCCUGUUAAGACGCACCUCACUGUCGGAAAAAUCCCAACACACACAUACACAAAAUAGGUGGAUGCAACUCUAAAUCGAGAAGUGCCAUCUCAUCUUGAAGUCUUCCAGGCAUUCCUUUUUUGGAUGAAAUGCAUCUUGGGAUGUGGCCUGUGACGGAGGAACUCGGGCUGGACGAGGUAGCCGGUGAGAGGAAUCACAGGUGUGUUGGAGUGUGUGUCUCCCGUGGGUCGUAGCAAUCCGCCCCCAUUCAGGCAUGUUACCAAAAACAUUACCUACAUGUUACCUGAGUCCAUUCACAUGUUUUUGGUAACAUAUGUUCCUAGAGACUGAUCUGGUGUCAGCCUCUUACCGUCAGUGGAACCUUUAAUGUAUUUUACAGACACUUGUUUUUAAAAGCUCUGAGCCAAGCUGUGCUGCGACGAAUGGAGGAGGCAGUGAGACGCAGCUGGUUUCCAGAAAAAACGUAGAAUAAAGAUCAUCGCUGAAUUAUUGUAGUUUGAAAUCUAGCUCAUGUAGUAUUGUUCUCUCUGUAGAAUUCUCCUUUUUACCUCUCAUUAUUGUAAAGUAACUUACUAAAUAAUUAUAAAGACAGCAUAUGUUUAUUUUGUACAAAAAAAUAAAAACAACAGAGUCAUAAUUAACCAUGUUUACCAUUCCUCAUCUGUGAAUUGCUUUGUCGUGGUGUCUGUUGGGGAGGGAGGGGCCGAUUGGAUGAAAGUUAUAGUGUUGGGAUGACAGAGGUUUAUGUUGGUAUCAGGUGGAGUAAAUAUCUCUCAUCUGGACAGCUGGUUUGGUGAUUUUUAUCUGGUGCCACAUGUUUCAUCCUCAGAUUUCCUGUUGGACACCUGCUCAGGUGGUAGUGAGGGGCAGUUUGCUUGUCAAGGAGGGAUUGUGGUUUUGGGGAAUGCAUCAGUAUUUCAUAUGCAGCAUAUUUAUGUGUAGGGAGACUUGAAGGAAGAGUUUUUGAACAGUCUAUGCUUGUUUGCCAUUUUCCUGAGAGCCAUUUGAGGAGAUCGCUACCACUCGCAUAGCUGGAGCCAGAAGCCGGUUAGCUUAGCUUAGCAUGAAGACUGGAAACAGGGGCGAAGCACCUCUAACACUCAAUGCACAUGAUAUGUCUUGGUUGUGUCCAAAGUCCACCACUCAUCCACUACCCCCCACUGAGACCUCUAUGAAGAGGACUAUAAACUACUCUGCACAUUUUCUCUGUGCUGGUACUCAUGUCAUUGUCACAGGGUUAUGACGUGCAUCAAAAACAAUAAUACAGCAAAUGGAAAAUUCCUUGAAUACAUGUUUAAAGUUUAUUUUACAGGUAAUGGGAGUGCAAUGUAUUAUGGUAUAUAUAUAUAUAUAUCAGUUGUACAAUCAGUCCAUUACAUAGGGUAUAAAUCAUUAUAAAUACAAACUACACAUUGGCAAACUCACCUCUACAGUAGACUAUGUGGUUUAUAGUGAGUGAUGGCCACAGUUCAUGUUUUUUAAAAUUGCACAAAAAGAAAAUACAGCUGGUUGCCAGGCAACUGGUCCCAGCAAAGGCACAGUCAAGCACAAAACGUCCAUAACACGGACAAUUGUGUCUGAGAGUAUUAGAGAAAAAACCUGCGCAGAUGAAGACGUUGAUGUUAAGCACAUAAACACAAAGCCUGACGAACACAGUGGGCAUUCUGAAACAAGCACAAACCUCUACCAGGUUCUUAUCAGGCCUUUGUUCAGGAAGGUUUCUCAGAUUGUGGCUAAUCCAAUAGAUGAAGAAUCGUAGCUUUGGUCUGUAUAGUUCGUCUUCUGUUUUAACUGUCAGGUUCUGACUCAUCCAAUAAGUAUUCAAACGACACUUGACGUAUGUUGUAAUGGUGUUUAUUUUGUAUUAGAAAUACAGUGAAACCAGGUGCUCUAUUAAAGGUCAGGUUGGUUAAUUCUUUCUGAAAUUUUUGAUCAUAUUUGUUGAAAUCCUCUCCAUGUCCCGAAAGCCGGUGUCUGCAGGACUGUAAUAAAGACGACUGAAGGAAAUCCUUGACUGGUGUACUGGCAGUCAGUCAGUCAGUGCACAUUCCUGUGUUUUGGGGGGUGUAGCAUUGACAAGAGCGCUGAUGGGUAGGGGGUGGAUUGCAUAUAGCUUUUCCAGGAUUACCAUCCCUAUCUUUAAGACAAUAAUACCUUACCACCGUCAGCUAAUCUAAAUACAUUGGGUUGCUUCUUCUGAAAACGGCAUCAAAAAAUCAAAGUUGGCUCUUGGAAGCUGGAAAAAGGUGAACAUGUCAUCCUGUUGGGACAGCCUGUAGUUCAGCCCGUUUCCUGUUUGUGCCUGUUUCGUGUGGUCAUGCUGUCGUAAGUGAGGCUUAGCCGCCGUGUUAACCAUCUCAAUAUAUCCCAACCCUCUCCAUCUCUGCUGGCCCCCACAUCUCUCCCUCCCUUUGUACAGUAAUGUAAAAACAACAUAUAAUUGGACUGUGUGUUUGUGUGCGUGUUUUACCUUUACUUUUGUUUUGGGGGAUGGAUAUGUGUUUUUUUGGGGGGCGGGUGGGCACUGUUUCAAUUUUUUUCCGUUUUUGAUUUGUCAUUUUUCUCGUAGUGUGAUGUAGACGAAGUCAGGUGUAUUGUGAAAUCUGUGUGUAGUGGAUUAGCUCUUACUGCUGAGCCUGCGCGUAGAGCAGGCGUGUAGUGUCACUAUUGAUGUCGGUGUACCUCUAAUCUAUCAGAACUAGCCAUGUCCUACUCUGCUAAUAAUCUACAGUCUGUCUUUUAAGAGAGAAAAACAUUUUGUACUAAAAGAAGAGAAAGAAACUACAUAUUUUAUCUUUGGAUUUUAAUCAUUGUUUACCCAUAUUUGAUGACACUACUUUUUUGUUUCGUUUUUGAAGUUGUAUUCAUAGAAGAAAAAAUAAAAAUGACGCCAGCUGAUACUAAAAGCAUUGCCAAACAAAAAGCUUUGGAUCGAAACUUGAACUACAGAAGAAUGGUUGUUUUUACUGUGAGCUCUGGUGUAGACGGCGGCUGCAGCUACAUAACGAUGCUUGUUUUCUUUCUUUUUUUCAACAACACUGUUACAUGUACUCAAAUGAAAUAUUUUACACAGUGCAGUGCCACCAGUCGCACAUUGCUGCUUACCUUUACAUAGCCUGUGGCCCUUAAAAUGAACAGUUUGGCUUUUAUUUCUGUGUAGCUGUUAGAAAAUGUUGGAAAAUGCGCAAAAUCAAAACACCAAAAUUACUCUGCAACCAAGACUGAAUCAGUAUCAGGACCCAUGAAGUCACGUAGUCAGCUCUGAUGCAUAAUACCAGAGCAUGAUUUUGUUUUAUGUAGCCGUUUUAACAAGUUAUGUGUAUCAGACGAGGGUCGUGUUGCUAUUUUAAAUUGAUCUAUUGGAAAAGUGAACCACUGAUUAUUGUGUCAAGCUACCAAAACAAUAAUACCGGACUCAUUUGGCCCCUUUAAAAAAAAAAGACUACACGCAUGAAGAAGUUAAUAUUCGACCCAUUCGCUCACUAUCACCGAACAACAUAACCUAACAUGAAAGUCUGGACCACUUUUUGCACACCUUCUCCACUGCACUAAAAACACAAGUUUACCUUGUUUCUAUUACAGAAUGUUACCUCUUGAAGUUCUUACUACUGCUCAUAUAAUAAUAAUCUCAGCACUUUAAAGAAGUAUUUUCUUUUUUUAAGCAACAAGAAAAGAAAUAUAUAAUUACAACAAUUAUUCACAUUUUCAUUCUGGUGAAAAAAGCAGUUAUAUGAUACAUGUCUUCUUUCAGUGGUGUGGGUGAAAGAACCAAGUCCAAGUGUCAGUGGACAGACAUGCUGUGUGGUUGCUAUGCCAAUGUAAUUUUUUCUGGGAGGAGAGGAGAAAGAAAAGCACAAGUGAGAAAAAGAGAACACAACUCUUCUGGUACCUUCUAUCAUAUCUAUCUGUCUAUCUAUCUAACCACGUCUGUUCUUCCUGUUCUUCAACCUUUAGGGCCAAAAUCCAUUGAAAAUGUCUUAGUCCUGUCAGCUGUAUAUCGUAAAACUGUUGAAUUACAAAAUGGUAAAUAAAAUCUAUUUUAAAGAUCA